AUGACAAGCACAAUACUAACCAACAUUCUCUUCAUUCUUCUCAUGCUGUGCAAUGCAUGCAUAACUGCAAGCGAAUGUCCUUCAGGACACAAACAGAAAUCAUCUGACGUAGAAGAAUUAAGGAAGAGGUUUGAAGGUUGGACGAAACGACAUGGUCGAAAUUACAAGCAUAGUGAUGAAUGGGAAGUCCGUUUCAGCAUUUACCAAGCAAAUGUUCGGUACAUAGAAUGCAAAAACGCGCAGAAAAACUCAUACAAUCUCACAGAUAAUAAAUUUGCAGAUCUUACAAAUGAAGAAUUUAGAAGUACUUACAUGGGUCUUAGAACUAGGUCGCAUUCACAUACAGGAUUCAGGUAUGAUGAACAUGGUGAUCUCCCAGAAAGCAAGGAUUGGAGAAAGGAGGGAGCAGUGACUAAAGUCAAGAAUCAAGGCCGAUGCGGAGGUUGUUGGGCAUUCUCUGCAGUUGCAGCGGUAGAAGGCCUCCACAAAAUAAAAUCGGGAAAAUUGGUCUCUCUAUCGGAACAAGAACUGAUAGAUUGUGAUGUUGAAAGUGAUAACCAAGGCUGCGGAGGUGGCUUAAUGGAGACAGCAUUUACAUUCAUCGUAAACAAUGGUGGAAUAACCACUGAGAAAGACUAUCCUUACAAAGGGGUAGAUGGUACCUGUGACACGGAAAAAGCUAAACAUUAUGCUGUGAGUAUAAGUGGAUAUGAAAAAGUUCCUGCUGAUAAUGAGGCUAAGCUUAAAGCUGCAGCUGCUAAACAACCUGUCUCUGUUGGAAUUGACGCGGAUGGUUAUUCAUUUCAACUUUAUUCAAAAGGUGUUUUUUCUGGCAUUUGUGGAAAGCAGCUUAAUCAUGCUGUGACUGUAGUUGGGUAUGGAGAAGAAAAUAGAGACAAGUAUUGGAUUGUGAAGAAUUCAUGGGGUUCUGAGUGGGGUGAAUCUGGCUAUAUCAGGAUGAAGCGCGACACUUUUGAUAAAGCUGGUCUGUGUGGCAUUGCAAAAUUAGCCAGCUACCCUGUGUAG